UUCAAAUCUCCACACACACGUUCAUGCUUAUUGCGUGAGGUAUCCGUUUGAUUUUACGCGGCGAUCUUCAAAAUUUAUUCGGUGAAAUGAAAUUCAUCAUUGACCGCGGUAAUCAAUCAAACACCUGAGUAAUUCGGUUUCUAAUUAGUCAGCUUAAUUGAUCGGUUGAUGAAUUGAGAGAUGGAGACGUUUGGUGUGGGGUAGUGAGCAAUGAUUUAUCGGUUAAAAUCGAGUCAAUUGGGCUUUAAUGCAUACCUUUUCUCUUUAGCUUUUCCUUUAUAGGAUUUAGCUUUAUAUCAUGGAUGAAUAUAUUAUUUUCCGUGUUUCUAAUUUACCACACACAAAAAUCGAAAGCACAUAGAAUUCAUGUUCUUGCCUCUCCGGCGUUAAUUGCAUUCUUAAUUUAUCGGAUUAGUGGGAAGAUAUUCCCGAGCGGCGUAGCGGCGCAGUCCUACCAGAAGGCGGUGGAGUCCGCAAUUCAGAAGCUGCGGAAGCAGGAGACUAGUCCAGAUGUCGAUGCAUCGCUUCUCUCGGAAACGGCGUCAGCUCCGAAGACUCCAAUUGAGCUGGCAAUUGACUUUAUUCUCCAUGAUUUUGAAAUGGCAGAGGUGGAACCAAUAUCGACUUACGUGGACUUCGGUGAUAGGGAGUUUCUAGUUGCAGAUGAGAGAGGGUACGAGCAUUUGCUGUAUAAAAUGGCCGAGACUUUUCUUUUUACAACUGAAGAUGGUGAAAUCUCUGACUCGAGGUUAAAACUCAACAAGGUUGUUCGGGAAUUGCAGCACUCGAGAAACGGCGUAUCGGUGAAAACGGAGGAUGGCUCCGUUUUCGAUGCCCAUUACGUUAUUUUGUCUGUUUCCAUUGGCGUUCUUCAAAGCCACCUCAUCUCCUUCUCACCACCGUUGCCCAGAUGGAAAACUGAGGCUAUCUCCAACUGUGACAUUAUGGUGUACACAAAGGUCUUCUUAAAGUUUCCGCGCAAAUUUUGGCCAUGUGGUCCUGAAAAAGAGUUUUUUGUCUACGCCCACGAGCGAAGAGGCUACUACACAUUUUGGCAGCACAUGGAGAAUGCGUACCCGGGGUCCAAUAUCCUAGUAGUAACUUUGACAAAUGGAGAAUCAAAAAGAAUAGAAGCACAAUCAGAUCAAGAAACUCUUGUAGAAGCAAUGGAAGUCCUACGAAACAUGUUUGGGCAUGAUAUCCCAGAUGCUAUGGACAUACUAGUACCACGAUGGUGGAAUAACCGUUUCCAGCGUGGCAGCUAUAGUAACUACCCGAUUUUCACCAAUCAUCAGCUUGUAGACGACAUCAAGGCUCCAGUGGGACGGAUAUUUUUCACCGGUGAGCAUACCAGUGAAAAGUUCUCUGGUUACGUGCAUGGAGGCUACCUUUCAGGUAUCGAUACUACUAAAGCAAUACUUGAAGAAAUGAGAAGAGAAAAGGAGCGGAAAAAUGAAAGCCAAACUUUUCGGAUAGAACCCUUGAUAGCCUUGAGUGGAUCAAUACAACAAGAUGCAGUAUCAAAUCUGCACAAGUUUGAUAUCCCUCGACAGCUCUUCCUUCGUACUAGCAACCUCGGAGCUCCAAAGGCCAUCUUAUGAAUAGAAAAAUCAUCUGACAUGUUCUAUAUAUGUAUGCAGCAAAGAUAACAGUCUGACUUGUGGAGGUAAUGGACAGAUGGAAAACUGACUGCAGUUGACAACUCGAAAGACCGGAGUUUGCUGCUCAUCCGAGCAAUCCUCCUGGUAGAUCUACACAAAAAAUUAUAGCUACAUUGGAUAGAUGCUGAAGUGUGACAAAAAAUCAUAGUAAGAUUUAUUCUUCUUAAUUAAUUUUUUUUAUUUCUUCUCAACGAACAUUUGCUUAUAAGAUAGGCAAUAUAAUGUUGUAUAAAUCAUGUUUCACUAAGCUAUCUAGAUUACUGAGUUCUUUUUUA